AUGGAUUAAGUGGAGAUGAUAUAUGAAGAAGAGCAAUCUCCUUUACAUAUCAAGCGAGAACUAGACAUCAACAUACCAUAUCGAGUGUCUUUCCCAUCUUGCAAUAACCAAUAACAAAAAGACACUCCCAAAACUGCCAUCAGGAAUAUUGAACAUUUAGAACCUGAAGAGCAAGAGAUUCCAACAGAAACUACUCCCAAAACUUAGAUAGAUGUCUCAUCUCCCAGAGUCCCAUUCUUAACGCAUUCCUAAAUUAUGGGUAUGAAUCAAGAUGAUGAUGACAUGCUCUAUUCCAAGUCAGUUUUUAACAAUCCCCUUUCAGAAAUACCCGAAGAGUAAACACCAAGUCAAUUACAGAAUGUAAUCUUAAACUCUCAUCUAUUAAGCAUUCCAAACCCUCAAGUUAAGAUUUUAAUUUAGACAAUAUGAGUAUGGUCAAUAGUUAGUAAUUAAAGUUCAGUAAGAAGCCCUUGGAAAAAGACUUGAUAGCUCGUCUAGAACUUGAGAACAGCAGGUUGAAGGAAGAAGUAAGCCCUAUCUCUAUCUCUAGUACAAGGAAUAAAUAGCUGUCAUGGAAGCUAAAAUCAAGGAGUUGGAAAAAGAGAAUUUCAUACUUAAGAAGAAAUGUAAUCAAGAAAAAGUUAAAUAAAUUGAAAUCCAAUUGGAAACUGAAUACAAAAUUACAACUAUGAAUGAAUAAUUGUAUGAUUAAGAGGAGUUUUACAAGAAAUAGUUAGUCUCAUUGAAGAACGAUCUAAAUAAUGCAAAAUUCUAAAUUACCAUGCUAAAAUCUCAGUCACAACCAUAAGAUUAAUUAUAACAUCAUUCAUUAUUAACCAAAUCUUAAAUAACCUUUUAACAGCCAUACAUCAAUCAACAACAAUCAAUUAAACAGCCUUAUCAUGUAUCGUUAUCUUAAUCAUUCACUGAAAUGAAUGUAAAAAAUUAAAAAGAAGUUUAUUUAACUCAAACCUAAUAUGAAAGUGUCCAGUAUAAAAUUGGACAAAUACUUAGAUUAAUAGAUCAAUCAAUUGAUUUUAGUAAAAAAGAUUUAUUUGAUUUGAUCUAACUCCUAUAAAACAAAAUUAAAUAGAUUCUCAAUAUGGAUGAAGAAGAAAAGAUGGAUGAACAUCGAACCUUAAUUACUAGUCUCAAGGCUGAAUUGGGAGAAAUCAAAUUACUUAGAGCUUAAUUAUCUAAAAUCUAUUAAGAUUAUGAUUAAUAAAUUAAUAGAAAACCAGUAGAUACAUCCGUUGAUUCAAAAAUUAAUGAACUUAAUUUAUAAAUUUUGGGAAUCAAAUAGGAGAAAUUAGAAUUAAAUGAGUUGACAACCAAAUUGCAAAAUCAAUUGGCUUCCAAGGAUCAAAUCAUCAAUGAAUUACAAUCAAAAUUAAGUAAAUUUUAUAGUCAGAUUUUAGAUAAUCUAUCCCAAACUGACACUCUUAGAAAACAAUCACAAUUUGUAAGAUCCUUACAAACUAACUCCAUGAUAGAUCUAAAAAUAAUCAAAGAAUCUCUUAAAUAACGACAAGAAGGAAUCAAGUAAGUAUGUAUCACUUAUAUUAGAAAAACAUUUAAAUCCUAAAAUUCCCCUUAGAGUAGAUCUCAUAAUCCAUCACCAACUUUGAAAUUUUUGAAUUCCCCCAAGUAAGCAUCACUUAUUAAUAUAGAAAUUCUAAUAAUGGCUCAAAUGCUUAGAAAAAAUAACCAUAAUAAGAUACUAGACAAUAAUUCUAUAACAAGACUUCAGAAUUUAGGUAAUAGACUUCUUUUAUGAUUUAUUUUAUAGUGUUGAUAAUAGCUCUUCACAUCAAGCCACUAAUCACAAUAAUAACAGUUCACAUCAGAACAGCGAAAUCAUUUAAAAACUCGUUGAGUAAUUCAAAGGGAACUCUGCUUUGGCCUAAAGAAUAUCAAGUUAUUCAAAAAAGAAUUGA